ACACCAUUAAAUUGACAACGGUUAGAACAGAGUUUUCUCCCCCUUUAAAGACGGACUGGUUGUUUUUUCAACACCAUUAAUAUUAGAAUAGAUAAGUAUGAUGAGACUAUGCAAAUUGUAAAAGUCCAAUUCCUUUGUCCGAUUGCUCCGAUCGCUGAAGACAUUUGCGAAUUUUCCCAAUUUUUCUUAUUCUGAGAUUAGAUAUCUAUACUUGAUGGUGACUUUACAAUUAAAAAUAUUAUUGUAGGUGAAUUCAUAGGGGGAAGUUGAAUGAUCGUUAUACGUUGGUGAAUGUAUUGAAAUGUUAGCUUCUAAAGUCAUCAAGAAAACAUUAAGAUGGAGAUUAAAUUUUCAGAAACGAUUUGAUGAGGGUGGAUUUAGUACUCUGAAGAGAAGAUCCUUUUAUGGUACGACGAGUUUUGGAAGUGAAGCAGACAACUCUUCGUCUCUAAUCAAUUUGAGUAAAGUAAGCAAGGACAUUGACGGAGGAACAUUCCUAUUGAGAAGACAAAUGAGAAGAGAUUCACCAUGUAAUCCUUUAUUUAAUCAAGAUCAUAGGGUGGUUAGAACAAACAUUGGAUCUUUUUCUUUGUCAAAUCGUUAUUAUAGCAGCCAUGGACAUUUAAAAGACAUCAAAGACAAGUACUUAGGAUCUGUCCCUGAAGUUGUCAAGAUAGUAGAAGUUGGCCCAAGAGAUGGACUGCAAAAUGAGAAGACAAUAAUACCUACGGAAGUGAAGGUGGAGCUUAUUAAAUUACUUGUUUCUAGUGGACUGCCAGUUGUUGAGGCUACUAGUUUUGUGUCUCCAAAGUGGGUACCACAGCUAGCUGAUGGGAAGGAUGUAAUUGAAGCAGUUAGGAACCUUACAGGGGUGCGCUUACCUGUUUUGACACCAAAUCUUAAAGGUUUUGAAGCAGCUGUUGCAGCUGGAGCCAAGGAAGUGGCAAUCUUUGCUGCAGCAUCUGAGUCCUUUUCUCGGUCUAACAUAAAUUGUAGCAUUGAAGACAGUCUUGUUCGUUAUCGCGAUGUUGCUCUUGCAGCGAGAAAACAUUCCAUCCCUGUUCGCGGGUAUAUAUCAUGUGUUGUUGGCUGUCCCAUAGAAGGAGCAGUGUCUCCAUCAAAAGUUGCAUAUGUGGCUAAAGAACUUUUAGAUAUGGGUUGCUUUGAAAUUUCUCUUGGUGAUACAAUUGGAGUUGGUACUCCAGGUACUGUUAUUCCAAUGCUUGACGCGGUAACUCAAGUUGUCCCUCUAGAAAGGCUUGCUGUUCAUUUUCAUGAUACUUAUGGACAAGCUCUUUCUAACAUUCUUGUGUCAUUGCAAAUGGGGAUCAGCACAGUGGAUUCAUCUGUAUCAGGACUUGGAGGUUGCCCAUAUGCCAAAGGUGCCUCUGGUAAUGUGGCUACAGAGGAUGUUGUUUACAUGCUCAGUGGACUAGGAGUGAAGACAAAUGUGGAUCUGAGAAAGCUUCUAUUGGCUGGAGAUUUCAUCUGUAAACAUUUAGGUCGCCCUUCUGGUUCUAAAGCUGCUAUUGCCUUGACCAGAACCACCGCUGCUGCCUCAAAGCUUUAAGGGACAUCUGAUGCCUUGGAAACUUUACACUGCAUCCACUCUGAUGUGGAAGUCACUUCAGACCAACUAAUAGUACCAUUAAAGUCACUCAUACAGUACCAUCAUUGUCUUACCUUGAACAUAUCCGUGUCAAUGUGUGUCGUCCUACUCAGUGGCAUAGCUACAUAGACUCAAGGAUGGUCAGUUGAACACUCUUCGCCGGAAACUUUUUCCGCGUAUAUAGAAAAUAAUACAGCGUAUAUAGAUCAAAUAUUACUUUUUAAUCUAUAUUAAAUCUUGAAUACUCUUGGUGAAA